AUGUACCGCCUAUAUCAAUUCCUCUCAGUACAUUUUCGGAACUUGAAGGCUCGGCGCUGGCGGGGAUCUAGCAUGGCAGAGGGCAGGCUGCAUGUUUUGAGGCGUGUUUUUGAACUUCUACCUGCGAUAUCCGCUGAUAAUACCAAUAAAAAAGAGGAAGCCAUUAUGAAGGGUAGUAAGCAUUUUGACUGUAUUAUUAUCCUCCCACCGCAGAGCAAGAACUUCUCCAUCACCGACUGUCUCCCCCCGCAGGUCAUUCCACUGAGAUUUUAUGCCUUUGAUGUCUUCAAGAAGAGAUUUAGGGAAUUUGUCUUCCCCUGUACGCGUCGUACCGCAUGCACCGAUUCCAAGACGCCGGAGAAAGCUCGGAUGCCAAUUGAUAGACCGCAGAUGUUUCACAUAAAGCAAAUAUCUUGUACCCCUGAUUUAUUGGCUUACUUGGCAUACGAACUGUACUUACCCCAUUCCGACCCUGUCCAACAAUUUUCUACUUUCCGAGCCUUUAGAACUCCAAGGAGGAUCAAAACUCCUAAGAAUAUAACUAUUUCUUCUGGAUUGGUUUUUUUCCAUGGACGACACCGGCAAGCAGUUGAAUUUGACCCGCAUCGCAACUGCUCAUCACUCCAGAACAGUUUGAAAACCCCUAACGCAGCCAUCUCAGAUGGCAGGCGGCUAUCAUUGAUGAUCGGUCUCAAAGGAACUCUUGAGUUUUCAACGGCUUUUCUAUUUCGCAGCAUGGCAAUCGACGAACACCUGGAUACAAGCGGAUAUAAGGACGAACUCAAACAGGGACGAGAGCGGACUCAGGCGGACUCAAACGGGUGCGAGGGCGGACUCAAGCGAGGCACCUGA